GGCAGCACAAUCUGUGCGAUUAGCUCGAGAAAAAUUUGCCACACAGUGGCAUUUAUUAAUCUUCAUCAGAACGAAUUUCGAAAUCUAUCGUGUCUUGUUCGCGAUCUUGUCUGGAAAUUUAAUACUGCUGCAAAAUGUCUGGCCGAGAAGGAGGUAAGAAGAAACCCUUGAAAGCACCAAAGAAGGAAAGCAAAGUUUUGGAUGAUGAAGAUGUAGCCUUUAAACAAAAGCAAAAGGAAGCACAGAAAGCUCUGGCUGAGGCAGCAAAGAAAGCCAGUCAAAAAGGACCUCUGGUCACCGGCGGCAUAAAAAAAUCUGGGAAGAAAUGAUCGUAGUAAUAGAUAAAAUAUGUGAUCUACUGUGCCCAUAAAUGUUCCAAUUGUAACAAUUGAUUUUGAACUUAAUCUUAUUGUUACGCCAGACUGCAAUUUUUUUUGACGAUCCUUUAUUUCUGAGAGAACUUUUAAACUUGUAAAUAUAAUAUUAGAUGUGUUCUCCACUAAUUUUAAAAGAAUGAAUACGAAUCUUGUAUAAUAGCAUUUAUCAAACAAUUUUAUAUGUUUCACAUCAAAUACAUUAAUUCAAGAGAAAGCAAAAUAAAGAACACAAAGAUCUCUAAAAA